UUUAUACCUUUCAUACAUGUUCUAAAAUAUGUUAUAUAUUCAAAUUUAUAAUUUGCACUUGUACCUUAACAUAGUAUUAGUGGAAUCCUGCAAAAAUACAUGGGAAAAAAACAAUGCUAAGUCCUAUAUUUGACAGUAAGAAAGUUACUCAAAUCAGCCAGAAAAAAGGGAGACUUUUCUUCACAGUUGACCAAAGAGAGACCUUUAAAAAUAUCAAUAUGUCAAAUAAUUCAUGCUCUUUCUGAGAAUAUUUAGUAAAUGUAAUACAAAUUUAUUAAAAUUUGUUCAAAUUUUGAUUAAAAGUCUUUGACUUGUCAGAUUAGUUAAGUUUGAUUCUUUCAAGGUCAACAUUAGUAUUCUAAUGCAAUGGUAUAAACUAUAAACUGAAGAAUUAUAGUUUCAGAAGACAUAAACAUCCAUGGAUUUACAAGCAAAUGAAGCUUUAUUACAACCCAAAGAAGAAGAUGAAGGGGUGAGAUUUCUCAAGUUCAAACAGCUCAAGUCCUUACAGAUUCUGAAAUCAUCUGUCAAGAACAUUACAAGUAACAUCAAAUUUAUGUUCUUUAUGAUUUUAUCUCUUUUACCCAUCUUUGCUUUCAUAAUUUUCUUAGAAAUUGAAAUCAAACCAAUAAAAGAUGCUAUCUUGAAUCUUCUUUUGCGAACUCCUAUACCAUACAUAUAUGAUAUUAGUACCCCUGUUAGGCUCGAUAGCGAUGAUGAGAAAGAUCCAAGACGGAAACUUUAUCGAAUCAUUUUCGAUUUGUUUCCUUUUCACUUGGGUCUAGUCCCACUAGUCGAGCUACUUAGCUCGACUGUAAUAAUAUAUAUUGCAGCUAAAGUAUAUGAAAGCGAGGAGGAUGCAGAUUCAACUAGUCCGAGGAUGGUUUUUUACCAAAAGAAUAGCUUAAAAGGGCCUUUUAUAACCUCUCUUUGGGUUCAAUUAUUCUCAGAUUCUACCCUUUUUGGUGUGAUUUGGGCAGUGGUAAAUCACCUUAUAGUAACAAAUGGGUUUAACUAUUCAUCUUAUUAUUACUAUGAGUUUACUAAUGACUAUGUUCUACAGAAGGGUCUAAUUGUGUAUAUAGUUUCAUUAGUGAUUCAUGGAGCAAUAUUUAUGGGUCUUCUUAAGAAGUUUCUAGAAUGGAGUGUUCUAUGGAACAUGGGUAUUGUGAUUUCUGUUCUAGAAGAAGAGUCUGGAACUGAUGCAUUAGAUAUGUCAGCAUAUUAUGGAACACAUUGUAAGAGAACUGGGUUUGAAUUGAUGCUUGUUUUUGUGUCAUACAGUGUUGUUCUUAGACUGCCAUUUAUGGUUGCUAAAAUGUUUGAUUAUGUGAGUUUUGGAGUUUUAGAAAUUGUGAUUAUAGCAGGGUUGAUUUGCUUAGGGAGUUUAAUUAAGUGGGUUGCUUUUGUGUUGUAUUAUUAUGAUUGUAAAGCUCAAUUGUUGUUAAAGAAGGUUGAUGAGGAGUUAGUUAUAGUUGUGAAAGAUGGUGUAGUAUGAAUUUUCAAGAAUUCUUUUCUAUGUAUUCCUAUGUACCUAAAUAAAAGUAUUAACUUUGUUUUUUAAGGGAUAUCUUAUACUAUUGGUGUAUAGUUGUAGCAUUUAGUUUGUUUAAUUAUGUGUCUAUAAAAGACUUAUGCCUUUUUAUUUGAAGUAUAUAUUAUAUAGUAAAAUGACUAAUUAAAUUGUGAUUAAUAUAUUUA